CAUGUAGAUAACCACUCGACAAAUGGCAAAGUAUCAAGGCCAUACUUGAUGGGAUUCGAACCUACGUGUAGACGUCUGCCCAAUCCUACGCUCACCACCUUAUCCACUGCGCAACAUAGUUGCUUUCACGUUAGGUUUACUUAUAUUGUUUGUCUUUUCCUGGUGACGUGUACAUGACGCGGUGGUAGUUUUGUUUUCCUGUAAUGAGUGGCGGAAGUCAAUCUCGUACUGUUGUACAACCACGGCUUGCCAGAUGGGCAAACACCGCUUGUCUCCCUCCGCCUUGCUAGGGGCUACACACCUGUGGCUUCUGCUGCUACUGCUGUUGUUAAUGUUAAGUGUGGAGACUGUGGUGGCUCAAAAUAGGAACUCAGAGCUGCACGUGGUGGCACUGGUUGGACAGGCGGGAGCCACAGCCAGGCACUUCCUCCACUCAUCGUGUAGACUAGGUUUCCGCAGUGAGAAAGUGGUGGGGAGCUGGGACAAGUGCACGAGAGAUGGAUGUGAUGCCUUGGACCAGAUGACGUACUACCUGAGGACUCUUCCAUACGACGACCUUGUUAUUGUCGCCAGCUUAGGAAACGAGUAUGUCUACAUAGUAGGGAACUACGAAGAUACUUGGAGGAAGGUGGCGGAGGCAGACGGGCUGCUCGUGGCGGUGCAGGAUGGAGGGCAAGGUGAGAGUGGAACGCUGAGGAACCAGCAGGGACAAAACACUCACAAGACAUUCAAGGAACGCUUAGAGGAGAAACAUUCAGACGGGAUGAGGGAACAAGACGACCAGGAUGAAUUAGAAAAUGAUCGAGAGGAAACUCAGAGUACAAGCCACGCCGGGAAAACCAAAGAUGAAGACAAUCUCAAAUUUAGUAACGAACGUAUAGGGAAAGAAAGUCGUGAAAAUGUGGCAACAUCGCAGGAUGAAGCUGGGGCGAAUAUGAUAAAUUAUAGAAGACACCCAAGCAGGAAAGACGAUAGGGAGAAGGAGGAGGGUGCUGACGGUAGAGCAGAGUCUGGGACGCGGCGCUAUGUGAGGAGGGAAGGUCAACACAGCGUAGAAGAUGAGAUGCAGGAGGAGGAGGAUAAGGAGAAUACAAAUAUGGUUCUGCUGUACCGCGCCUUGCAAGAAGGAACAGUUUUGGGUCGAGUGGGGACACUCCUAGACGCACUGAGAGAAGGGGCGUCGCCUAGCAUCACCCAGGACACACGCGGCACACAUGUAGUCUUCGGCAACCAAAGAAGCCGAGGCACCUUGAGAAUUGAACUCCCGCUGAAGGUGAUGUUCUACCCCGAUGACGACAGCAACACCGUGCCGAGGGAGCGAGAGGAUGGGAGUCAAAAGGAAUUAGAGGAGGAGCUGGAGUAUACAGAACCGUUUAUUGUGUAUAGUAAACAUGAGGAGAUCGACCUUCAUAAUCUCUUGGAGGUGGCGGGCACUCCGGAGCUUCGAGAGGAGGACACCUGCUCAUAUCUCCUUCCGCAGAGCCCCACCGAGGACUCCCCGCGACUGCUGGUGAACCUCCUACUUGGUGAGUCGUGGGCGCCCUUUCUGGAGGAGGUGCUGGCAGGCAUUGAUCUCCAGGACUACCCGAGGGAAGCCCUGGACGUGUGGAUAUAUAGCCAGAGUGGUGUGCAGGAGGCGGAAAUCUCUGCCUUCAUGAAAAAAAAUAAAGAGAAGUACUCGUCCUUAACCCUCGCCCUGGACCAGACGCCGGACCACCAUCUGCUGAGGUCCCGGUGUGAUGAAGCCAACUGUUCUUUGUUGGUGUUGAUGGAGGCCCACGCCGUGCUGGACUGCCCUGCUACACUUAGGCUUCUUGCGGACUCUGACAGACCUGUAGUGGGUCCGGUACUAAAGCAGAGGCAGGAGGGAGGGGAGACGAACUUUGUUGUGAAGAAAGGCGAGGACAUCUCCCAUUGGGACAACCUGAUUCGGAGCCAGAGAGUGAGGGCGACUCUGAGGGUGGCGGAGGUACAGGCUCUCAGAGUGGUGCACCGGGACUACCUGGAGGAUCUCAUGUUGGGGCGGCAGGUGGACCAAUACAUCAACACACGAGUGAGGCCUGGCCUGCUGCUUGAUCCUCGCGGCCACAAGGAAGGCAAGCUACACCCGGAUCUGUGGGGCUUGACGUACAACCCAAGGGCGUGGAGGCAGCGCUACAUUCAUCCAGACCUCCUUAGCAUUAUCUGGGGGAAGGCAAAAGCGGAGGAGGUGGGCAAGGACCUUUACUACGUGCCAUUAUUCAAAGAGCGUUUCUGCCGCGAGCUGGUGGAGGAGCUGGAACACUUCGGACAGUGGCAGCACAAGGAUAUGGAUGACCGUGAAGAGGCACACCACUACACCAGCACCAACAUCAACUUAAGCCAGAUCGACUACGAGGCAGAGUACCACGUGGUGAUCAACACACUACACAAGGAGUUGUUGGCCACUCUUUACGGCGGAUAUCGGGCGGAAGGCAAGUCGUCUCUGCUGUUUGUGCUGAGAUACAACGCCGCUACAGACUACAACACCUUCACCUACCAUCUGGACGGCGCCACCUACACCCUCAACGUGGCGCUCAAUAAUGACUUCACGGGCGGCGGGCUGGAGUACCGGCUGGGCAACAAGCUGUUUGAGGAGGAGAAGGAGUUGCUACUGCCCCACAAUCGCACUGGAUGGGCUGUGGUGCAGCCCGACCGUCCCUACCACCUCCACCACGGCGUGCCCCUCUUAUCCGGCCGUCGCUACGCCCUCAUUGCCAUCGUGGAUACCAAUGACGCAGGCAGCAAGGGCGGCCCGCUGUGGUAGUGAACUGGCUAGGGAAGCACAAGGAAAGGAGGCGAGGCUCGUUGAUGCUUAUGAGGGAUUGAAAUAGAAGCGUGGACGAAAGCCAGGUAAAGGGAGAGGUGUUAAAAGGUAGUUAGUUCUUGUUUUUGUAUGUGUAGUUAUUGUUAUGAUUGUUAUUGUUGUUGUUAUUGUUUUUAUAGUUGGUAUAAGUAAUAGUAGUACAUGCUUCUGUUGAUGUCUUUUUAGAUUGAAGUAAGUACUACCUACAUCGUCUUACUUUAUAGGUGUAAUGAUAAUAUUUGUAGUGUUGUAUUUGAUGUUAUUGUUGUUCAUACUCCCAUAGCAAGAGAAUUAAUUGUAACCCGUAACUAUCCAAUGCUUAAGAGGAAGAAUGUUAUUAUCUAUUGCCAGUGUGUUCCUUGCUGGAUGCUUAGUUUGGGCAUUCGUGGCUUCUGUACGGCACAGGACAUAUACACAGGAGGAGGUAGCAGGCUUGUUGUUACGCAAGGUAAUGGUGAAUGCCGCACACUGUCAGGUGAAGGGAAAAGCUAUUUCCAGAACAUUACGACCCUUAGUUCGAUGCUUACAACGGACCCAAAGGUGACUUUCCUUAGGCAUUAAGAACAUCAGGACAUAACAAAAUAAGACAAGCAAGAAAUCAUAAGGGCUUUACGUCGCAAUCUCUGUAUGAAAUAUAUUUGCCUAUUUCCACUUCAUCCAUAAAUUUGUUUGAUCUUUCCCUAUUCCCUGAUGAGGACCUGAACACUGAGUGUUUUCCUGUCAUUUACCAUUCUAUUUGAGAUCCAUUUUUUCCUAUCUUUUAUUCAAAUCUAAUAUUUUAAAGCUUGAAUAAUGAAGGUGACACUUAGAUAGAGUUUCCUCAGAGGUGCAGUGACUGGAAGAGUACUCCCAUAAACACCUUGAGCACCUGUGUUCCUCUGCUUCCUCCCUAAUUGUCUUCAAGAUGGUCUUUGUCCCUAUAACGUCACGCUGAGAGGGGACGCCUUUCCUUCUCAUUCAGUUGAAUGCUCGAUGUGAAUGCGAGAUAAAGCGGACCUCUAUAAA